UAUCCGGGUGCUCUAUUUCCGCCUGUGGCAACGUGCUUUGGUAGAGGGUCUUUGUCCUCUCACAAGUCGUUGUUCUGGCCGGAGUUUUCGGAUGAGCAAGGAACCCUCGAAAUCGUUCAACUACCCCUAUUGCCAUGAGGUCAGCAAAUACGAGACGUUGGCUAAGAUCGGGCAAGGAACGUUCGGAGAGGUGUUUAAAGCUAGGAACAGGAAGACUAAAGAGACGGUAGCCCUUAAGAAGAUUCUAAUGGAGAACGAGAAGGAAGGGUUUCCUAUCACAGCGCUACGAGAGAUUCGAAUCUUGCAGCUACUGAAGCACGAGAACGUCACCAAUCUACUAGAGAUCUGCAGAAGCAAAGCCACGCCGUACAAUCGUGGCAAGGGCACCAUCUUCCUGGUGUUCGAGUUCUGCGAGCACGAUCUGGCCGGACUGCUCAGUAAUCCGGACAUGAAAUUCACUCUCCCGGAAAUUAAAAAACUCUCACAGCAGCUUCUAAACUCGCUCUUCUUCAUACACAGAAACAAGAUCUUACAUCGAGACAUGAAGGCGGCAAACGUCCUCAUAACCAAGAAUGGCACGUUGAAGUUGGCCGAUUUUGGUCUGGCUCGUGCGUUCAGUGUAGCGAAACAACGAUAUACGAACCGUGUUGUCACAUUGUGGUAUCGCCCUCCUGAGUUGCUGCUCGGCGAGCGAAACUACGGUCCACCGAUCGACAUGUGGGGCGCCGGCUGUAUCAUAGCCGAGAUGUGGACGCGAAGCCCAAUCAUGCAAGGCAACACCGAGCAGCACCAGUUGAGUCUGAUCUGUAACUUGUGCGGCUCGAUAACUCCAGACGUCUGGCCGGGAGUCGACUCGCUCGAUCUCUAUCAGAAGGUGAAACUUCCCGAGGCUCAGAAGAGGAAGGUGAAGGAGCGGCUACGAGCGUACGUCAAAGACGUACAUGCUCUCGAUCUCAUCGACACUCUGCUCUCGCUCGAUCCGGCGAGACGGAUAGACAGCAAUGCGGCGCUGAAUCACGACUUGUUCUGGACGGAUCCGAUGCCGAGCGUCGAGAUCACGUCACUCAAGUCUCAGACCACGUCGAUGUUUGAGUAUUUGGCUCCGCCACGCCGGCGUGGACAGACAGCACCCCAGCAGCAGAGUCACACGAGACAAAUGCCCGGAGCAGUUGCGGGAGGUUACUCUCACUCGUUAGGAUCAUCGUCCACCGCAUCGAUACGAUUCGAUCGCGUAUUUUGAUAUAUAAAGUUAUCUAAUUGCAAGCUGUUGGACUCACACGAUUCGAUGGAUUCCAUUUAGUUUGCUGAAGGACAAAGACUAUGUUCUGUAAUUACGAAGUGACUUUGGGUUGUUAGUACAAAAGGCAGUAUUUAUUACGAUUUUGGUUGUAAUUUACAUUUUAUUGAGCGGCGGGAUGAGGAUGGCGAUGAGUGUAAUUGUCAUUGAUAUCAAUGAUGUCUGGUAUACUUUUGUACUGAAUGCAACCGAAUGUGUUCUGGUCGUUGACUCUGUAAUUUCUUCGUAACCAAUAGAGCACACGAUAAAAUUGCG